AAGACCGGAUCGGAUCAAGACCGGACUGCAUCCAAUCCAAUCUUUGGUCCUUAUAUUUUUUAAAAAGACCGGACUGGACCGGAUCAAUUUGGGCCAAUUUAACCUGACCGGACCGUAUAGCCACCCCUAGUUGAGGACUUUGGACCUCAGAUGCUUGCGGCGAGUCCUAAAAGGACCAAGAAUCAUAAGAAUAGCCGAGGCAAUGAAGAAGCAACAAAGAAAAAUAACAUUAAUGAGGAAGGAAGAAACUCUGGAUCACGAUUCACUGUUCUGGAAGUUGAAGGGAAGGAGGCAGAGAAAGAUGGGAACAUGGAAGUCAAGUCCCCAACAACGAGCAGGAAGGAAGAGCAACAAGAUAGGGCCUCCCUUGUCGAGGAUCUCAUAGUUGAAAAAUUGAUUUCUCCCUUGACCAAGGGAAUGAGCAGAAUGGAAAAUGCACAACUACCCUUAGUAGAGCCAAUGCAAUGUGCCACAUGGGAGGGAGAGGCGGCCAUGACCGCCGAGCUUUGUUGAUCUCCAACCUUUGGGUUGUGCAUGGAAGUUAUUAAUCAUCACCCAUAGUUAAAAUCUUCUCCUAGAAUUGCAGGUUUAACCGCAAAACCGCAAUCGUUUUCCUAGCCCUGGCAGGAAAGCUAGAACCAUCCGGAAGAAAUUCCACAAGGAUGCUACUAAAAACAGAAGAAUGAAUUUCAACGAAUGGCUGACUUCCAAUAUCAGACAAGAAGAAACAACUACUAUGUUUGGCAUCAUUUGCUGGUAAUUAUGGAAACAAAGGAAUGAAGAGGUCAUGGAAGGACGUGUCUUCUCCAAAGAGGGUGUUUUUGCAAGGAUCAAGGUAUGGUUCAACAUUGUUUGUCAGACUCAUGCCAAUUUCCAAAAGACCACAACCAUCAACCAAAGGAAGAAACACAACUGUUGUGUGGGAUAGAAACUACUAGAUGAAGGGUGGAUCCAGUUGCAAUCGGAUGGUUCUGUCUUGUCGCCAAGUGGAAGAACAACAAUAGGAGGUUUUUUCAGAGAUCGCCUAGGGAGAUGCUUGGUAGCCUAUGUCUGCAACCUCAGUCGAUGCCCAAUCAUUGUCGCUGAAUUACGAGGAGCUUUGGAGGGAUUGAAGAUUGCUUGGAAGGAGGGCUACUGGAAGAUCCUCCUCCACAUUGACUCUACUACGGCUAUCAACAUCAUUAAUCACAAAAAUGAAGAUGAUCAUCGUCAUGGACGUAUUGCCAGGCAUUUGAGCUACCUUUUGGAUCAGCAAUGGGACGUUAGAGUGUCCCAUGCGUAUAGGGAAGCCAAUUUCGCUGCCGAUUUCUUGGCUAGCAAGGCACAUGAUUAUGAUUAUGGCACACAUCCUUUCAAUGUGUGCAAUAGGGAAUUGAUCCAAUGGAUCAAUCAUAUGUAAUGGGAACCUCCCAUGAACGUGUUAUUGCUAAUGUGAUUUAGACGCUCGACGUCUGCCUUUCAACCAAAAAAAAAAAGGAAUCAUUCCAAAGAAGGUACUAGCCACAAAAACAACCGUAAAAUAUAUGUUUAUAGAAGCUUACAUUAGAUGCAUGACAAACAGAAUCAUGUCACCAUCGACUGAAGGUGGCUGAAGCCGAGAGUGAUAUGAUGACGUAGUCAUGUUGGGUUGAAGGCGACGACAUGGUGGGUUGAUUCGGAAUAGAGAGGCGGAGCAGUGAAGCAGAGGAGGUCUAGUGAAGUCGACAAUCCGUAGAGUGAAGGCCAAGUGCUAAAGUGAUUUGGGAAGUUAGGAUUUUGUGAGGCUAUCAAUUACAUUUUAACCCUCUUCUUGUUUUUAAUUGAACUUUCUACCAUUGAAAAAUUACAAAUGGCUACUGUUUGAGCCUAGAAUGUACUAAGCAGUUUGAUGAGGCACGAGCGAAACUUAUAUUCUUGAUGAUGGGUGGUGCUCCAGAGCCCUGCAAAACAAGAGUCCGUGGGCGUUCGCCCGGGACACCCUUUGAUGGUUAAGUUAGAGAUAGAAUUUGAGAAUGUGUUUGUGUUUAAAGAGCAUAGUUAGUAAAAUACGAUACGGGAA